AUGAUACUAAAGUACUUAAAUUUAGAAAAUGAAAUUAGGAAGAAAUCAAGGUUUAUAGACUGGGAUGAACUAAGAAAUGUUUCAAAACUUGAUGAAGGCUACUUUGGGUUUAUAUUCAAAGCUUAUUGGACAAAUGCACGUAGAGAUGUCGUUUGUAAGGCGUUGAUCAACUUGAAAGACAUAAACAGUAAAUAUUGUGCUGCAUUUAUUCAUGAAUUAACAAUGCAGACUAGAGCAGAUCUUUGUGAAAAUAUCGUUCGAUUUUUGGGAGUCAGUAAAGAAGAAAUAACGAACUCUAAAAACUUGCCAGAAAUAGACCCUAGUACUAUUAAUCUUGAAGAUGACAAUAACUCAAAAACUUUAGUUGAACAAACAAAAUCGACUGUAUUCAAUGUCGACUAUGAUGAAAACGAUGAAAUUGAUUUAACAAGUUCCACCGACUUAGAUGAAGAACGUUUUGACAAUAUUACUGAUAAAAUAAAUGAGGAACUUUUUGAAACCGCAAUUGGGAAGAAAUCAAAGUUUAUAGAUUGGGAUGAACUAAUAAAUGUUUCAAAACUUGAUGAAGGCUACUUUGAAGAAAUAUUGAAUUCUAAAAAAGUGCCUGACCCUAAUUUUGAAGAUGACAAUAACUCAACUUCAACUGAACAGACACCAUCAAUUGAAACCUAUGCAGUAGAUUCAAAACCUCUGAGUCUUUCUGUCGAUGAAAGAAACGAUGAUUAA